AACCGGGGCCGCGGAGGGCGGGGGCCGGGCAGCGCCAUGGCGGAGGCGACGGCGACUGCGACAGCGGCGGCCGGUGGGAGGGCGGCCAGCGCCACCGUGACCGAGACCGUCACCAUCGAGCCGGAGAACCGCAGUCUGACAAUCAAGCUGAGGAAGCGAAAGCCAGAUAAGAAGGUGGAGUGGUCGAGCGACACGGUGGACAACGAGCACUUGGGCCGUAGGUCGUCCAAAUGCUGCUGCAUCUACGAGAAGCCACGGGCCUUCGGCGAGAGCUCCACGGAGAGCGAGGACGAGGAGGACGAGGGCUGCGGCAACGCCCACUGCAUCCGGGGCCACAGGAAGGGGGAGCACGGGGGCCGGGGGGGUGGCGGCUCUGAGGGGGGCAGGGGCAGCCCCCGCAAGGCCGAGCCGCCGGGCCAGGACCACGCUGCAGCCAUGCAGCACUGAGCCCCCCCACCCCUGCCGGACUGACCCGGGGACGCGGGCGUGUGCAUCUGUCCCGUGAGCCUCGUGGCCUGCGAGCUGCUGUCGUCCGUCCGUCCCGCCCGGUGCCCCGGCGUGGAAUGUACCAAGCGACGGGCCGGCUGCGUCUCUGUGCUUCUCCAUUAAACGUCUGUGUCAGUGAC